AGGGUACAACUAGCGUCGUAGAGACGAUGUAAUAUAUGCUUUAAGUUUAGUGUUUUAAAAAAGUGCUAUCCAGAGUCAGUAGGAAAAAAAUCAUUCAAGAGAUAAUGGCAUCUAUAAAUGGAGAAGUAGAUCAGUAUGGCUUUGAAAGAGAUGAAGAUUUUAAUUACGAUUCAUAUGCAACGUUUAUGUCAGAAUACCUUAGUGUUCUGGCACGAAGGAUGGCCAAGUGGAAUAAAUUGAUGCAGGAUUCAUCAGCUAUUGAAAAAAGUAAUAAAGUUAAAAGAUAUAUAAGGAAAGGCAUCCCUUCUGAACUUCGACCAGAGGUUUGGUUGAAUGUUUCUUCAGCUCAACAAUUAAAAAAAGAAAAUCCUCAAAAAUAUGAACAAUAUAUGGCUGGACCAAAUUUAGAGAAGAAAGUAAAAGACUCUAUACAGAUUGAUAUUAAAAGAACAUUUCCAGAGAAUAUAUAUUUUAAAGAUAUGGAUGAGAGCUUAUUAGCACCUUUAGCUAAUGUUCUCACAGCAUAUGCUAGUUAUAAUUCAAACAUUGGUUACUGCCAGGGAUUGAAUUAUAUUGCUGGUAUGCUGUUGCUUGUAACGAAAAACGAAAAGGACACAUUUUGGUUGCUAGUGCAAAUGUUAGAUAAACUAGUGCCAGAUUUUUAUUCAUCCAAAAUGCUUGGUUUGCGAAUUGAAUGUAAUGUUCUGGAUGAGUUGAUACGUUUAGGACACCCUGAUUUGCAUGCUCAUUUUCGAAGUCAUAACAUUGACAUGGAACUGUUUGCUUCGAAAUGGUUUGUGUGUCUCUACAUGGACGUGUUGCCGGUGGAGACUGUUCUGCGUGUGUGGGACUGUUUAUUCUACGAAGGGUCCAAAGUUCUUUUGAGAGCUGCCUAUACCCUGAUCGUUAUGAAUAAAGAUAAAUUUCUACAGAAGACGGAUUUUACAGAGCUAUGCAAUCUGUUUAAGCAAAUAACUCGUGACACGGAGACAUUAGAUUGUCACUCAUUUCUAGAGCAAUGCUUCAAAGUUCCGAAAUCAUUCUCACUUUCCAAGAUACGAAAAUUACGAAAGCAAGCCGAAGAAAAGAUCACUCAGAAAUGAGACUAAGAAUCUCACAGUUUGACAGAUAACCGGGUUAAUAAAAAGCAUUAUUCUAAAUAUUAAAUACGAGAUUUUUAAAAACAUUUAUUUUAUAUAAUAUAUUUUUAUUUCUUUUAGUUUUUUUAAUCGCUCUUGAAGAUUUUAAGACGCCCACUCUUGUUUUUAUCUACUUUACAAUGCGAGGUUUUACGAUGAGACAUAAUGCUGACCUAGCUAGAAAGAUAUCAAAUCGAAACUGCUAGAUAAAUAAUAUCUCCUUCACUGGUGUUUAACGUACGCGAUGUUAUUUUUUGUGCUGGUUUUAUCAACUUUUGUCAAAACAUUUUGUUUUUGUUAGUAACAUAUUUGAAUUUAAAAAGAAUACACUGAAUUACAUAUUUUUUAUAAAAAAGUUUUUUUUAAAUUAUUAUUUUAGAAUUAUUGGUCCACUAGGACUGGAAUAGCAGGAGAUUUUAAUGUUAUUUAACACCCUUGAUUCCAGGGUCUAUUUAACUCUUAAACAGACAGAGUGUGAAAGCAAGGUUGGUUAUCUAAGAAAACUUAAUGUAUCAAACAUGCGUUAUCGAUCUAGACUUUUUCAGCCAAUAUUUUCGUCACUUUUAACUUUUUAUUGGCCCUAAAUUUCGUCACCUAAGAAAUUUUUACUUAGUGUCAACAAAUAAGUUUGAUCUAACGAAUAAAUAGGAAAAUUUUCGAAUUUCGUUAUUUUUCGUUAUUUUGGGACCCCCCCCCCCCUCCAAAAAAAAACUAUAUAGUCAAGUGUGUUUUAAUAACACUAAAAAUGGAAAAGUCCUACAAAGUGUUCGCGGAUAUUUCAGGAUUACUUGGAGUAGUGAGGGCUAAUGAAGAUGUCCAAAAACUUUGUAAUAAAUGCGCGAUAGAAAUUUUUUAAAAUACUUAUAAGCCCAAAUAAUUUUUUCGCCCGGCCUUUUCAUUUCAAAAUUUUAUAUAGCGGACAAACCCAAUGUAUCCUCAAGCGCAAAUAAGAAAACUACAAUAAUUUCAUGGACGACUGUUAUUUUCAAUCAAAGCCCUGUUUUGAACCUUGAAAUACUACGAUUAUUUUUCGUAGUAGUGAGUUAAAAAAAUCCUUUUCGACUCGACCUAAAAAAGUUUAACCGGGGACGAGGUUGUUUUUGAUUUGUCAUGUGACAGAAAAAGGCCCCGCGGCAGAGGGUUUCUUUAUUUACUUCUUUAACUGAGCACGUGACUCAUAAUAAACGAAUCAAAUCUCCAGAAGUUUCGCCGUAUCCAAUAGAAAUCAAAAGUUUAAACGCUAUAAAUCCUCCAAGCUAAAGUGUUGAUUAAUCAUUCGGGAGAAAUUUUCUGUGGUGCUUCUACAGUGAUAGAACAUACAGUGUUUCUUUCUUGAACUUUUUCAAUUUACUUUAUAUUUCAAAUCGGACAACGUACCUACUCACAAUUACCUCUCAAUAUGUCUGCAAUUCGCCAAAA